UUUUUUAGAAUACCGUCCACUGUGUGUGCAAGUCUUGGUACGCGCGCGUCAGUUCCGCAAGAUCAGCUUAUUCAUUCAUGUGGAAGGGAUGAAAACUACAAGGAUGGCUAUGUUAAAGCGUCACAUUCCAAUGAUGGCUAUUUUAUAAUUUUAACUUUGGUCGCCUUUUAUCUUUUUUGCCGCUGCUGCUGCUCGUUGUGGGCACAGGCGCGGUUUCUUUGAAAGAACAUACAAGCAGAGCAGAGGAUAAUGUGCACUGAAUUGUUCAGCAUUGUGUAUCGCGUUAGUGUUGUUUCUCCAUAGAUCUCUGACAACACACACACACACACACGCACACACGGUGUGCAGCGGUACCGCUACUAGAACGGGAUUGUUCGGGUUGCACUGACAGAGAAAGGUUCAGGAAAGGGAGCGUUACCAGGACCCUCGUCGAGUACUACGUCGAGUCCCCGAUUUGGGGUCUCUCCCUCCACCCGAGAAGAAAAUGUCAUCUACGAAAUUCAAGAAAGAUAAGGAGAUCAUCGCUGACUAUGAGACCCAAGUCAAAGAGAUCCGGAACCAGCUGGUGGAGCAGUUCAAAUGUCUGGAGCAGCAGUCGGACUCUCGCAUCCAGCUGAUGCAGGACCUGCAGGAGUUCUUCCGCCGCAAGGCCGAGAUCCAGCUGGAGUACUCCCGCAGCCUGGAGAAGCUGGCUGAGCGCUUCUCCUCCAAGAUCCGCAGCUCCCGAGAACACCACCAGUUCAAGAAGGACCAGCACCUGCUGUCGUCUGUGAACUGCUGGUACCUGGUCCUGAACCAGACACGACGUGAGAGCCGCGACCACGCCACCCUCAACGACAUCUACACCAACAACGUCAUCGUCCGCCUGGCCCAGAUCAGCGAGGACGUCAUCCGGCUCUUCAAGAAGAGUAAAGACAUAGGCAUCCAGAUGCAUGAGGAGCUGGUGAAGGUGACAAACGAACUGUACACGGUGAUGAAGACCUACCACAUGUACCACACGGAGAGCAUCAGCGCCGAGAGCAAGCUGAAGGACGCCGAGAAGCAGGAGGAGAAGCAGUUCAGUAAGUCCGGCGACCUCAACGUCAACCUGCUUCGCCACGACGACCGGCCGCCACGACGCAGCACCGCCAGGAAGAUCGAGAAGAUGAAGGAGAAGAGACAAGCCAAGUACUCUGAGAACAAGCUGAAAUGCACCAAGGCUCGGAAUGACUAUCUGCUGAACCUGGCGGCGACCAACGCCGUGGUGGCGAAAUACUACAUCCACGACGUCUCGGAUAUGAUAGAUUGCUGCGACCUGGGCUACCACUCCAGUCUGGCCCGGACCUUCAGGACAUACCUGUCGGCCGAGUACACGCUGGAGACGUCCCGCCACGAGGGCUUGGACGUCCUGGAGAACGCCGUGGACAACCUGGACUCCCGCAGCGACAAGCACAAGAUCAUGGACAUGCACAACCAGGUCUUCUGCCCGCCCAUGCGCUUCGAGUACCUGCCCCACAUGGGGGACGAGGUGUGCCAGGUCAGUGCUCAGCAACCCGUCCAAACAGAGCUCCUGAUGCGCUACCACCAGCUGCAAUCCCGUCUGGCCACGCUCAAGAUCGAGAACGAGGAGGUGAGGAAGACUCUGGACGCCACCAUGCAGACUCUGCAGGACAUGCUGACGGUGGAGGACUUUGACGUAUCGGAUGCCUUCCAGCACAGCCGCUCCACCGAGUCCAUUAAGUCGGUGGCCUCCGAGUCCUACAUGAGCAAGAUGAACGUGGCCAAGAGGAAGGCCAACCAGCAGGAGACGGAGGUCUUCUACUUUACAAAAUUUAAAGAGUUCCUCAACGGAAGCAACCUCAUCAUUAAACUGCAGGCAAAACAUGACUUACUGAAGCAGACCCUGGGUGAAGGAGAGCGGGCUGAGUGCGGGACCACGAGGCCCCCCACCCUCCCCCCUAAACCACAGAAAAUGCGGAAGCCUCGGCCUCACUCGAUGUGUAAGCACACGCUGUUUAACGGCAACAUGGAGAGCUUCAUCCAGGAUUCAGGGCAACCUAUUCCGGUGGUUGUCGAGAGCUGUGUACGAUACAUCAAUCUCUACGGGCUGCAGCAGCAGGGUAUAUUCCGGGUGCCCGGGUCACAGGUGGAGGUCAACGACAUUAAGAACUCAUUUGAGAGAGGGGAAGAUCCAUUGGUGGACGACCAGAACGACCAUGACAUCAACUCGGUGGCGGGGGUCCUCAAGCUGUACUUCAGGGGUCUUGAGAACCCCAUCUUUCCCAAGGAACGCUUCCUGGACCUCAUCUCCACCAUCAAGCUGGAGUCUGGCACGGAGCGAGCGCACCACAUCCAGCAGAUUGUCGUCACGCUCCCUCGCACCAUCAUCAUCGUCAUGAGAUACCUGUUCUCGUUCCUCAACCAUCUGUCCCAGUACAGCGACGAGAACAUGAUGGACCCCUACAACAUCGCCAUCUGCUUCGGGCCCACCCUGAUGCCCAUCCCCGACGGCCAGGACCCCGUGCUCUGCCAGGCGCAGGUCAACGAGGUCAUCAAGACCAUCAUCGUCCACACCGAGGUCAUCUUCCCGAGCCACCGGGAGCUGGAGGGGCCGGUCUACGAGAAGUGCAUGAGCGGGGGGGAGGAGUACUGUGACAGCCCUCACAGUGAGCCGGGCACCAUCGACGAGGCCGACAACGGAACGGAACCGCCCACCAGCGACGAAGAGAUCGAGCAGAUCGAGGCCAUCGCCAAGUUCGACUACGUGGGCCGCAGUCCCCGCGAGCUGUCCUUCAAGAAGGGCGCGUCCCUCCUGCUGUACCACCGGGCCUCCCAGGACUGGUGGGAGGGCCGGCACAACGGCGUGGACGGCCUGAUACCUCACCAGUACAUCGUGGUGCAGGACAUGGACGACGCCUUCUCCGACAACCUGAGCCAGAAGGCGGACAGCGAGGCCAGCAGCGGACCCCUGCUGGCCGACGACAAGAGCUCCUCCAAGAACGGCGCCCACUCCCCCUGUGAGCAGUCCCCCGAAUACAACUUUGGAGGGAUGAUGGGGAGGGUGAGGUUACGCUCCGACAGCGCCGCCCUCCCGAGGCAGCGGGGCGGCCCGGACACCCAGAGCCCCACCCGGGGGGCCGACACCCCGCCCAGGGCCGCCGCCUGCCCCAGCAGCCCCCACAAGGUGGCCCUCCACAAGGGGCGCGUCGACAGCCCCGAGAAGAGGCGCCUGGGCACCUUCGGCAGCGCGGGCAGCAUCAACCACCCCGAGAGGAAGGCCUACCCCGAGGGACACCCGCUGAGGCCCGUCCCGGGGAACACCCGCCACAGCAGCCUGGGGGACCACAAGGGCCUGGAGACGGACGCCCUGGCCGAGGACAUCGAGAAGACCAUGAACACAGCGCUGCACGAGCUGCGGGAGCUGGAGCGCCAGAACGCCGCCAAGCAGGCCCCCGACGUGGUGCUGGACACGCUGCUGGAGCCCGCCAAGGGCCCGGCCCCGGGGCCCGGCUCAGAGCCCGGCAGCCCGCUGCACACCAUGGUGAUCCGCGACCCGGACGCCGCCAUGCGGCGCAGCAGCAGCUCCACCUCCGAGAUGAUGUCCACCUUCAAGCCCUCCUCCUUCUCCGCCCGGCUGGCCGGCGCCCAGCUGCGCCCGCCGCCCGCCCGGCCCGCCCGGCCCCCGCCCACCACGCACCGCUCCAGCAGCUCGGGGUCGUCGGGGUUGGGCAGCCCCGCCGUCACCCCCACCGAGAAGAUGCUGUUCCCCAGCCCGGCCGCCGCCGCUGCCGCCGCCGCUGCGGGUGUGCACGAGGCCGGGGAUAAGUCAGGCACCAUGUAA